GGCUGGAUGAUGGAGGAUUCUCUGUGUGCUCCGGUGAUCGUGGAGGGAGACUGGACUCCGGAUCAGACCAGAGUCCUGAACAACAAACUGCAGCUUUACUUCGGGAGCAAGAGGAAGUCAAACGGGGGAGACUGUGUGGUGCAGCUGGAGGAAGCAGCUCCGAGGGCCGCAGUUUACUUCGGAUCAGAGGAGGUGAGAGAGCGAGUCCUCGCCAGGGAUAACCAUCAAAUCACCUUUGAGAAUCAAACCUUCAAGUUACGGCUAGUUUCUGCAUCAACCCCGACAAACAGCGACAAUGUCUCAGAGUCUGUUUCGGUGGUGUUGGACAACGUCUCGGGCCAAAUGCCCAGAAAUCUGCUGUUAAUGCUGGUGGAGCACAUCUCAGGUUUGGACGACAGCAGCUACAGUCUGGAGAUCAUCUGGGAGACAAACCAAGCUGUGGUCACCUUCAGCAGCCCUGCAGAUGUGGAGAAGUUCUUCACUGUGAGUCAGAGCAGCCGGAAGCUGGAGAAACUUGAACUGACCGCCCGGCGGCUGGAGGCAGCAAAGAGUGUCCGAGUGGAGGAUCUUCCUCCAAAUAUGGUUAAAGACAUGUUGGAGCUGUAUUUUGAGAAGAACUGGAGAUUGCCAGAUUGUAUCACCAUGAUCCCGGAUGAACAGGCCGCCAUUGUCACUUUCAGUGAUUCAAAAGUUGUGGAAAGGAUUUGCAUAAAAGUAGACUAUGAGAUGAGAUCCAUCCCUGUGAAGAUUUACCCUUACUACGAGUCUCUGAGCACUGCUUUAUACGGCAAAGAACGACCAACAUGGAAAAUGCCUGAGCCCUUCACAGAGUGUGUUCACCAUGCUGUCUGGAAAUUCCUCCUAAUGAAGAAACUGUUAAAAACCAUCAACAGUCAGAUGCAUCCAUAUUUCUGCAGUGUAGACUUGGACAACCACAAGGUGAAACUCAGCCCUCUUCCGAGUUUGUUGAGGCAGAAAGAUCUGACGGCCAGAGAUGUGGAUAACUGGAUGAUUACUGCCCAAAACGCCUUCUGUCAGCAAAUGUCUCAGUACAUGGCCUUUGAAUGUCCAGCAAGCACAGCUGCGUGGAAAGCUGCAGAGAAAGAUAUACGCUCAGUUGUCAGGGAAGAUGCCUACGUAGUGCUUGAUGCGUCCAAGGGGAUUUUGACCUUUGCUGGCCAGGCUGACAGGAUAAAACAAAUCAGGGCUCCUGUGGAGAAUAUCAUUCUUAAAGCCAUGAGUGGGAUUGAACGGCACACAAAUGGUGAUUCUGAGGAAAUUAAAUUGUCCCCUGCAAUGUUCUACAUCCUGAAGCAGGAUGGGUUGCAGAAAGCAGCACUGGACAUUUCCCCAGAGAUGACCCUCUCUUACAAUGAUAACACACAUAAGUUAACCAUCUCAGGACUCCCUGCAGAGGUUUUCCAGACAAAAUUAUGGAUCUUAGAAAGAAAAAUGCAAAUGAGAAAAAAACACCUGGAUGUCCACCAAAGUCUUCUUGACUUUCUCAAGAAUGUUGAUCCCAUGGACAUGUCCCAGGAACUGUUCGCAUCUCAAGGCAUCAGUGCUAUUUACAGCGUUGAGAGCCAAGGGGUGUUCCUGUUAGGAAGCUCUGACCACGCCCUCAAUGACGCACAGAAAAAGAUAGAGAUGGCUUUGUCUUCUCACACUCUAGAUGUUGAAGACCAGGAAGUUCUGAAACUUCCCAACUGGGUUAGCCUGAAUCAAAAGCUGUUGGACACCUACAACUCCUCCAGGAAGAGAACAGUAGCCGUUCAGUACCACCCAGAGAGAAGAGACAAAGUAAUGGUGGCCGGCUUUCUGAAUCCUGUGAAAGAAAUCAGCCGCAGUCUGAAGGAAUUCAUCGUGAACUACUCACACGUUCAAGAAACCUUUCGUGUUGAGUCCUGCGCUGUUGUUCAGUACAUGGACAAGAAGAAAACACAAGAUUGCUCCAAUAUUGCCAAAGAUAACAGUGUGACAGUCGAUUUUGAUUCAGAGAGGCCAAGAAUUAUCAUUGCUGGGGCUCGUCUUCAUGUUCACAAGGCCAAAUCCUGCCUUAAGGAACUGACUAGUGCUCUUUUCACUGACGAGUUCGUUGUGGACAAGCCUGGAGCUAAGAAGUAUUUACAGUCUCAAAGAAGCCUGUUCCUGUCUACAGUAAUGACAGAGUUCAGCUGUGUGGUGGUGCUGUGUCCAGAUAAAUUGAAUUCAAGCGCCAAAUCACAAGAAAAUCAUCUCAAGGCACUUUACACACGAGGAGGAGGAGGAGGACGAGGAGGAGGAGGCCCUUGGGCUAACAGGGGUUAUCAGAGCCCCAGAGGACACGCCAAGUAUGGAGGUGUUUCACCAGAGAGUUCAAAGGUCAGACUGGUCCCAGUCCCAGUCCCAGUCCCAAUAUUCAACAUGAACAGAACACAACAGAGGAUUAUAACGAGUCCCCAGUUCGUCAAUCUCAGAGCCAAUCACAUCAGACCUCAGGGUUUCGCCAUAAGACAUCUGACUGGUCCGAGGAACGUUCAACAUGAAGCGGAGGAUUUUAACGAGUCACCGGUUCGUCAAUCUCAGAGCCAAUCACAACAGCCCUCAGACACUCUCACUGCGUUGUCAAACUUUAUUGCCGGAUCUGGGGAGGAACGCACUAAUCAUUUGGUUCUGGAUGAGGAGGAGUUUGAACCAACAGUAUUUCAGCUGUGUGCUGAUAACGCCAAGGCUGUGAGUCAGGCUAAGAAGAAAAUUGAGGAGCUGAUUGUGGCCGAGCAGACGCAGCGAACCAUCACCGAACCGUUCAUCAGUAAACUGUCUCAGUCUGACAUGGAGGAGCUGAAUACCCUGCAGAGGAAACUGACUGUCAGCAUCCGGCUGGACAGGACGCAGGAGGACCAGGAGCCUAAAAUCCACCUGGAGGGCCUGACCAGGGACGUGUUUAUGGCUGAGUCUGCAGUGAGAGACAUCAUCCGGAAGGUGGAGAGGACGGAGAACAGGAGCAAAAAGGCUGUGCUAAUGAGCAGACUCGUCGAAUGGCAGUUUCCACAUCUUAAUGGGACGAUGAUGCCGUUUGACAUUUACACCAACCUCAUCCUCGAGGAGGCUCUGGAGAACAAAGAGAAGCAUGUGAAAAUCAAGAUUCAUAAUGAAACAUACACAGCUGAUGUGAAGUUUAAAAAAGCUGUUUCAGCAAAUGGACGUAAAGAGGUGGAGCUGCUUAGAAAAGACCUGAGAGCAGUUGACGCUGCUCUGCCUGCACAUUGGGACGACAUGAAAGGCGACCUCCUGAAACUGUUUCUUGUGACUGCUGGAUCUAAAGAAUACAACGAUGUGCAGACGGAAUUUACAAAGACUGGCCUCUCUGCAAACAUCAUCAGCAUUGAACGGGUCCAAAAUGAGACACUGUGGCAGAGCUACCAGCUGAUGAAGAAACAACUGGAGGCGAAGAAUAAACACAAAAACAACGAGAAAAUGCUUUUCCACGGCACCGGAUCCAACUCCAUCGAUCUCAUCAACAAACAAGGCUUCAACCGCAGCUAUGCAGGGCAACAUGGUGCGAUGUAUGGCAAUGGAUCGUACUUUGCAGUGAACCCUGUCUACUCUGCGCAGGGUUACGCCAGGGCUGAUGCCAGAGGGCAUAAGCGCAUGUACCUGGCCAGGGUUCUGGUUGGAGACUUCGUCCAGGGCCAAGCUGGACUGAUCAGCCCGCCCUCCAGAGGCUCUGGGAAGUCAGACCUGUAUGACAGCGUCACCGACAACCCUGCAAGACCAACCAUGUUCAUCAUCUUCAAUGACAUUCAGGCAUACCCAGAGUACCUUAUCACAUUCACAUAAACUGCUAUUAUUCCUCUGUGCAACAACUAUCAUAUAUUUUAUAGUUUAAAUUCACAUGAAACUAUUUCUACUAAUAUCAAGCUGCAGUUGCCAUUUUCUUGAUUUUGUUUCCAAACACUCAUGAAUAACUGUAGAAGAAACCAUCACACUGUAUCUGAGUAUAAGAUUAGUUAGCUGGAAAAUGUUUUACUGAAAAAUAAAAAGUCAAACAUUAAAUCCUUGACUAUAAAUAUUUUAA